GUUGAAAUGUCUGGACAUUCAAUCACCGUUAUGCGAGUAACUUCGUGACUCUAGUCGAUUGACCGUGCCCAUUAAAUGAACACGUUUAAUAAAUCAUCGCGACUAACAAUAUAUCUAAUUUUUCGAGUGUUGUUUAUUAAUGAAUCAAAACCUUUUCUUUGUAACAUGCGAAUGACUUCAAGACUAAAAACUUUCAACCGGUAAGAAACAUUUAAUCGUGAUUAAUCGCCUGAAAUGCGGAGCGAGUUAAUUUCCGGCUUGACGAACACUGUCAAACUCUUAUGGUUUGGUAACUGGUAGCCUUGAUGCGUAACACCUCAAUUACAUCAUUAUUAGUCUGACAGCGUGCUAAAAUUGUUGCGCUGCCGGUGUUCAUAUACUUCAAAAGAAUUUAUUUAAAUGUGACUCGUGUGUACAUUAAUGUUCGUCUGUCCAGACGCUCGUAGUACGCCCGAUUAAUCGAUAAACUGACCGGCGUUUCCCAUAAAAACCUACCCGGCAAAUUGACACAGUGAGAUAAUUUGUUACACAAGAUAAAUGUCAACUAAACACAAAAAUCAGAAUAAAAUGAAGACUCAAAGACAAGUAUUGAAUGCAAUUCAUCGGCUAAUUGAAUUCAUAGCCAGAAUGAUAUACAUGUUUAUUGCAUUUUUAAAAGGUCCUGCAGAAUCUCAACCACCUAUAAAGGAUCUAACACUUUUACACAGUGCAACUACUUUAGCUUUUAAAAUUCGAAAUAGACAGUUAAUGUCAGAAGAAAUAGUACAAUCUUAUAUAGAUAGGAUAAGAGAAAUUCAGCCAGUGUUAAAUUGUAUGGUAGAAGAUCGCUUUGAAGAUGCUCUCAAGGAAGCAAAAAUAUGUGAUGAACUUUUAAAAUCUCAGAAUGCUCCAUCUCCUCAAGUAUUAGCUGAAAAGAAACCUUUCUUUGGUGUGCCUUUUACUACAAAAGAUUGCAUUGGAGUUGCUAACAUGAAACAAACAGCUGGUUUGACUGUUCGUAAGAAUAUUAUUUCCAAAUAUGAUGCAGAAGUGAUCAGAUUAAUGAGAGAUGCUGGAGCUAUCCCUCUAGCAACUACAAAUGUAUCAGAAUUAGCUAUGUGGUGGGAAACUUCCAAUUGUUUAUAUGGAACUACGAAAAAUCCUUAUAAUACUAGACAUAUUGUUGGUGGAUCCUCUGGUGGUGAAGGUUGUAUACAAGCAGCAGCUGGUUCACCAUUAGGAAUAGGAUCGGAUAUUGGUGGCUCUAUUCGUAUACCGAGCUAUUUUAAUGGAAUUUUCGGACAUAAACCUUCUACAGGAAUAGUUUCAAACGAUGGUCAAUAUCCGAGUGCACAAAGUGAAGAUCAAAAACGAUUGCUCGCAAUUGGCCCUAUGUGCAGAUAUGCACAAGAUUUAUCGCCUAUUUUAAAAAUUCUGGCAGAUAAAAAUGCGGAUAUAUUACGUUUAAAUGAAAAAGUAGAUAUCUCGAAACUCAAGUUCUAUUAUAUGGAAGACGACGGUGGUCAACUCUUAACAUCCCCAGUUGAACUCGAAAUAAAAGAAGCAAUGAGGAAAGUGAUUCGAUAUCUAGAAAAAGCUUAUAAAGUCAAAGUGACUAAACUCAAUAUUAGAAAAUUGAAAAAGAGCACUGCAUUAUGGAUGGCAAAUAUGAGUUGUAAAGAUGAGAAAGAUUUCACGUAUGAAUUAUCAAAUAGAAAUGGUCAUAUAAAUUUAUGGUGGGAAUUUUUGAAAUGGAUAAUGUUCAUGAGUAAUCAUACAUUAAUAGCUCUUCUUACUGCUACGUUUGAAAGAUUUGCGGUGAAGCAUGGAAGCGACCAACACACUAAACUGAUACAAGAAAGUAGGGAACUUUAUCGGGAAUUUCAGGAUAUUUUAGGUGAAGAUGGUGUAUUUCUAUUUCCAACACAUCCAACUGCAGCGCCAUUACAUCAUGAACCGCUAGUAAAAGCAUUUAACUUUUCAUACACUGCUAUUAUUAAUGUGUUGGGCUUGCCUGCUACUGCUUGCCCUUUAGGUUUAAAUAAACAAGGACUUCCUAUCGGUAUACAGAUUGUUGGUGGCCUACAUCAAGAUCGUUUAACUAUAGCUGUUGCUGAAGAAUUAGAAAGAGGUUUUGGAGGCUGGGUACCUCCGGUUAUCGUAGCUUGAUAUAUUUAUUCUUUGGACAAUAAUCUAAUGCGUAAUAUGAUACAUAAAUUUUUUUUAUCAUA